UAAUUCAUGUCUUUACAGAAAUUUGUCUCACGUCACACUGAUAUAUUAUACUCUCUGUAUUGACUGUAGGGGGCCGUUACUAAAAACCCGAAACACAAUCCUGGCACCCAAUGCCGGAGCUUCACUCUCCAACAAAAGAAAACAGGAAGGGAUCUCUAGACACUGUCUGUUAUCCAUAUCGAGGCUCAUACUCUAUGGUAACGCGCUGGUUCUGCCUCUCAAACUUCCGAGAAAGGUAGUAAUGGAGCAGUCCGAGAAGGAUCUCAGGCCUACCAACCUUGAUUCUUCUACGAUAUUCAUCGAUGUCGUAGUACAGAAACUUCAAGUACACCAGUUUCUGACAGUUUAAGAUGUAGUCAAAAUCGAAGUAGUUCAAGAAGUCUUGGAUGCUCACGACUUCGCGUUCAUCUUGCGGGACGUACUUGAUUCCCCGUGCCGCCAACCCCACGUUAUCGAUGAGCAUCGACCUGGUGAUACUGUCGUUGUCAAAGCUCAUAGACAGGUGGGUGAGAUUGGGAAAUUUGCGCAGGAGAUUGAGGUACCCGUUUCCUUUGCUUUUGCUUUUCGUUUGAUCGUACUUGUACAAUCCCGUCAGCGAGAUGCUAGUGACUGCGGCGUCGAACCCCUGAGGGCUGCCCUGACGGCAGAGAGUGCGCAUUUUCUCAACGUCAUCCGGUUCCGCGAGAACAAAAGUCUUCUUCGAAACUGGGAUUCGAUCAUUGUCGCGCAAUUCGUUUUCGGCCGCCGUACUAAACAAGGCACCUGGAGCACUGAAGCCGUGACGAGCAGGGUCCAGGUUCUUGACCAU